AUGUAUCUCACCACACUCCUCGCCGCGGGCCUCGUCCUCCAACUACCUCACGCACUUGCCUCGCCUUAUCGCCGAGAUGUCAAGUGCAAAUACGAAACAAAUCCUGAACCAGGCCAGGCAUGCGAGAUCUCUACCGCUGGCCCCCUCGACACAGUAACUCCAGAUGGGAUCAAGCUUGGGGUACUUCAGACCGGGAUUCAGCGCCUUGAACUCGGCCAAAGUUAUGCUCCAAUCUUCGGCAAAGAUGAACCAGCCAGCACUGAAACCAAGACUUCAAAGCCUACGUCGGCUGAUGAGCCAGCAUACGACAAGAUGCCGGAUACUCCUUCUGAUGUAGAGUCUGUUUCGAUCCCCAACUCGGAUUACAAGCCUUCUGUAAAGCCUACUGUCCCUGAGAAGCCCUCUCUUACGGGUGACGGCUUUGGAAACAGCAUCCAAACCCCAGAACCCAUUCAAAAAGGCAUGACAGGAAACUGUAACAAAUUCCACUACGUUACUCCCACGACCACCUGCCAAGCCGUUCUCGAUCAUUACAAGAUAUCCCUUGCCGACUUCGUCAAAUGGAACCCUGCCGUUGGAGAAGACUGCACCAACAUGUGGGCGGGGACCAACGCUUGCGUCUCAGUCAAAGGCUACACUUCGCCUCUAAAGAGAGACAUCAAGCCCAACCCAGUAGUCGACAACGGAGUCGCGACGCCUUCGCCAAUCCAGGCGGGUUUGGUCAAGAACUGUGUCAAGUUUCACUACAUCGGUGCCGGGACUACGUGUCAUGAGGUUUUGCACCACUGCGGGAUCACUAUGGCCCAGUUUGCGCAGUGGAAUCCUGCUGUUGGCGAAGAUUGCAAAACUUUGUGGAAGGGCACCUAUGCCUGUGUCGCUGCGGUUUAA